CAAAGCCACAUGAAAAUAAUUCAGCUGAACUUUUUUUUCUGCUACAAUUGUUAUAACAUGCAACUCAGAUGUUAAAUAAAAAGCUAUUUAAACUUUUCCCACAUAAUUAUAAAAAGAGAACUAAUAAAGAAGAACAGUUUUGCUUUGGGGAGCCCUCAAUUUACCAUGCCCUGAUCAUUAUAUUUUUAGAAUUUUUUUCAUGGGGACUUUUAACUUCGCCAAUGAUAAAUGCUCUUAAUGAUACUUUUCCUGAUCAUACCUUCCUGAUGAAUGGUAUCAUACAAGGAAUUAAGGGACUACUGUCGUUUUUCAGCGCACCUAUGAUAGGAGCAUUAUCAGAUGUUUGGGGAAGAAAAUCAUUCUUAUUUCUCACAGUAUUUUUUACCUGUAGCCCUAUUCCUCUCAUGAGAAUAAGCCCAUGGUGGUUUUUUGCUCUCAUCUCAAUAUCCGGUAUAUUAUCAGUGACCUUUUCCAUUGUAUUCGCGUAUGUUUCCGAUAUUACUACCGAAGAAAAUCGAGCAAUAUCAUAUGGAUUGGUAUCUGCUACGUUUGCCGCUAGUUUGAUAACCAGCCCAGCUAUAGGCGCAUAUUUGCACAAAGUUAAAGGGGAAACUUACGUGGUUACCGUAGCGAGCUUAGUAGCCUUAGUCGACGUUUUAUUUAUUAUCUUUGUCGUCCCCGAAUCUCUCUCCUAUCGAGCUAGCAACAUCGCCUCCAUACCUGCUAGAACUAAAAACCUCAUAAGCUCCUCGCCCGGCACUGAUUUAUUCGAGCCUGUGGGAUUUGGAAUCCAUUCUGCCCCUCUCAUUUCAUGGCAAAACGCUGAUCCAUUAUUGCACAUACGUAGAAUCGGGAAAGACAGGACAAUAAUGAUAUUAUGCAUAACUAUAUUUUUUUCUUACUUACCCGAAUCUGGUCAAUAUUCGUCGUUUUUCGUUUAUCUCAAAUUAAUUAUGAAUUUUUCGGGAGAAGAAGUCGCUUCAUUUAUUGCAUUUGUAGGAAUUUUAUCCGUCAUAGCCCAAACAUUCAUUUUAAAUUUCCUGAUGAGAUUUUUGGGUGGGAAAACUACGAUAUUGAUAGGGCUCACGUUUGAAAUUUUUCAAUUAGCCUGGUAUGGAUUUGCUUCCAAGAUGUGGAUGAUGUGGUCAGCUGGAGCAUUAGCUUCUUUAUCAAGUAUAACCUAUCCAGCUAUUAGUUCCUAUAUAUCUACUCAAACAGACCCUGAUAAACAAGGUUUAGUUCAGGGUUUAAUUACCGGAAUCAGGGGACUAUGCAACGGAAUCGGUCCUGCCCUAUUCGGCUUCAUAUUUUAUAUGUUUCACGUAGAUUUAGAUAAUCAUAAAAGGACUACACUUAUGUUAGAUGAUUUACCUAACAAUUUUAAUCACACUGGCAUACCGAUACCACAAUCUUUUUACGCUGAUUAUAGAGAGCGAAUACUGCCCGGUCCACCAUAUGUAUUCGGAGCUUUUUUAGUCAUGAUGGCGUUUUUAUUAGCUUUACUCAUACCAGAAAAUGUAAACAAAGGUACCGUAAAUCACUCGCCCAAAAUUUAUCAAACUAAUCCGCAACUUAGCUAUAGAUACCAAACCGAAACUCAACCUUUCAUAUCAUAAGAUUUUUUUAAAAAAUAUAUAUAUGUAAUAAACCAAAAAUUCGUUAUGAAUUUUCGAGUAUUUAUUUGAAUCGAUUUGGCCAUAUUUAUUAUUUAUAAUAUUUAACAUGGAUCAACAUUUAUUGUACAUAAUUCUCGCAUUAA